CUCCAAGCUAUUUGAGAAUCGUGUUUGAGUGGAGAUCUCCGGUAGAUAUUGAUCAUAUUCAUUAGCAAGUAGACGCUGUAGAUAUCCUGGAACAGUUCUGGGGGUAGCAAACGAAUACACCCAGGAGAAGAGUGUAUUCUGUUGUUUAGUUUAAUUGUCCAAAAGCGAUAGUUUUCAUGUGGAUCACUGGUACUGUUGGUUAAUUAGGACUUCUCAUCACCAUGGCAUUUGAAAGACGACUCUUUUUAUUGGCUGUGAUUCUUCUCCAUUCAAUGAAUUACACUAAUGCUAUGAAAGAUAAAAAGUAUAUCCAGGAAAUAUCAACUGGGAAAGAGAUUGUGGGAGAUGGCAACUGUUUCUACAGGUGCUUGUCCGUUUAUCUUCAUGGACACCAGAAUGAACACAGUACAAUAAGGGAGAACAUCAUCUUGUAUAUGUCUGGUCGCAGCUGCGAGUCUGAGGUGGAAAAUGAAGAAAGGUCACGUCGUUACGGUCGAUUGAUGCAUAACACACGCCAAAGUUACGAGGAUUACUUAAGGCUCCACAAUAAUAGUGGAGAGUGGGCUGAUGAACCAAUCAUUCAAGCAGCUGCCGACUUGUAUGGUUUCAAUAUUUACGUCAGUUCGUACGGAAACUCUGGAGUCACUCAACGCGUACGGGCAACCUCUGAACAACUUCGACAUGAUAGCGGCAGACUGCUUCACUUAAGAUUGCAGAAUUCUCACUACACCUGCAUUGAACAUGAUUGUCAAACAGACUCUGUGCCUUCAGGUGACUUUGUUGAGAUGCCAGUCGUUAUAGACUUUGGAAAACAAUAUGGAGCUGAGCCAUAUGAAGAUAGCCUUGAUGUUUUGGACUACAGCAAGACUGUUGGUCUUCCAAAGACUGUUGGAGAUGAAAAACCAAGCAAUGCAGGGAUUGACCCAUUCAACAUGGAAGAUCUUGAAAGCAAGCUUCCUGUGACAUAUCCAAAGAAGAAUGAACGCCAAAUUGACUAUGAAGACGACGUAGAUUAUUUGGACAGCAGCAGGAGUAAUAUUCUUCCAGAGACUGUUGGAAUUGAGAAAUCGAGAGAAAAGAAUGACGAAAGUGUUGAUGGUUUUAAAGAUCUAGCGAAGAAAAAGACAAUCAAUACUGUCACAGAAGUUCAGGAGAGAGAGCUUGAGAAUCAAAAAGAUGAAGAUCUUGAAAACCAGUUUUGUUGGAUUGAUACAGAAGAGGAUGAACCUGUUGAUUAUAUCAAUGAAGUCUGUGAAGAUAUCAGAGAAAUAAGUAUCGCUGAAGAGAAGACCCCAAAACAAAAGUUUACAAGAUGCAGAGAUAUAGAGCAUUUGAAAGAGUGGUGCAAAACUGGACAGGUUAACCGUGGAACGGAAUGCAAAGUGCGGAGAAUGAAAUUCGGUCACGAAUACCAUCACUACUUUAUGAUUUGGGAAGUCUCGCAGGGGGGCCUGGACAUUGUACAUUUGACUUUGACUUGGCCAUUGAGGAUUUGUUGUGAAAUCCUCAGGGUGAGUUUCGCAACCGGAAACAAUUCUUUGUUGGACUUUCAGCAAGGUGUGUUCAUUGCGUGUGCAGAUUUUCCUUUUAACGAAUCACAGAUUGCGGCAAUGCAGCACAGGCUUGAAGAAGUGAUAUCUUGGACGCAUAUUAAUUACAGUUUGAUAUCGGAAAACAAGUUUUAUUGUCAGUCCCUAAUAUCAUAUAUCAAAACAGGGGAGAAAAAUUUCUCUGAAGUGGAUACUUUUGUUGAGCGAUAUCCUAUUCAGGGACCUAUUAUAAUUUUAUCUGUUAGUUUUAUAGCUCUUUUGAUUAAAAUUUUUACACAUUGUAUGUAUUUUUGGAACAAAGUUAAAUCUCGAGACUUUAAAAUAACUGAUAUGUUUACAAUCUUUAAAUAUUGUAGCAUGAUGGGUAAUAUUGAUUUUGAAUUUACGAUUUGGUUUCUAAGAGCAGCAAUUGCAUAUAUAUUAAAUAUUUUUGAUAAUUAUAAAAAUAAUAAUAGUAAAAAUAAAAACAAUAAUAAUGAUAACAAAAAGGACAAAACUGAUUAAAACUAUGUUAUAUCUUUAAUGAUAAACACAUUGAAUUUUUUUUUCAACUUAUAAACAGUCAUGUGAUAGGUUUUUAAUAAGGAUAUGUUAAU